AUUUACUAGUUCAAAAUCAUAACUACCUGUCAACGUUUGCUUCUUUGCCCUUUUCUUUCAAUCUUCUCCCUCUCCUCCUCUCUGCGUUCUUUGCUUGUUCUCAAUCUUGUCGAUCUUGUCUUUAAUCGUGCACAACAUGAUACAUCUACUUUACACAGUAAUCUUUGCCGAAAUGGCGCUGGUUAUGAUACUUCUGUUUAAAACCCCUUUGAGGAAGAUCGUUAUCGCGACUUUGGAUCGGGUGAAGCGAGGGAGAGGGCCCGUCAUGGUCAAGACCGUAGCCGGUACUGUCUUUGUUGUGCUCUUGUCUAGUCUGUACAGUAUCAUCGAGAUCCAAAACCGUGCGAUCGAGGCCGGUUCUCCCAACCCUACGGACCAGGUACUCAUGUCCAGCCACAUGCUUGAAGCGUCUCUCAUGGGAUUCUUGCUAUUCCUCGCAUUGAUGAUAGAUAGACUGCAUCAUUACAUUAGAGAACUACGUUUGCUGAGGAAGACAAUGGAGGCUGCUAAGAAACAAAGCCGAAGCCUUGAUGAUGGCAAAAAUGGUGGGUCGGAGGAGAUCAAAGCGCUGGGGGAAGAAAUUGUUAACUUGAAGUCUAAGAUCAAGAAUUUAGAAUUUGAAUGCGAGGCAAAAACAAAGGAGGCAAAUGCUGCAAAAGCUGAAGCUGAGGCUAAGCGAAAGUAAUCUGAAGGUUUCCUUCUAGAGUAUGAUUGCUUGCUAGCUGCGCCUGCUGAACCAAUGGGAGUCGAUAGACCAGAGUUCUUCACAAUCUGAUGGCAAGAAGAAUAUGUGAGUUAGUAAUUACCCAAUGCAAUUUCCGUCUUUUUUCUUGAUCUCCAUGAAGCAAUUUUGGAUUUGGGAUUUUGGAUUUAGAGAGAGAAGACAAUUAGGGAUUUUGAAAUGGUAGCUUCUACUUAAAUGCAAAUGAUGGAAGUUUAAUGUUAGAAACUGCUCAAAGCUCAAAAUAGAUAGUUUUUUUUUUUUUUUUUUUUUGUCGGUGCAUUCCCAGUUUUACAUUAAUGUUUGGUUUUAGUCUUUAAACAAGAAUUUUGUGGAAAUCAAUUGAAUUAAUUCAAUUCAAUAGAAUUCAAUUGAAAUAAAUUUUCCUGCUUUUGGUU